AUGCUCACUGUACUCAUUGUCCUUGCUCCUCUUGCUCUGGCCCUUCAGCUUCCCAUACAGCCUGGAUCAGUGGAUUUCUAUGAUCCAAAUCUAAAUGGUGGAUCCAUGCUGGACAACGCUGGGGGAGGGCUAGGCGAGCCGCUCAAUGUCAUAAUAUCCGGCAAAAGCUCUCCAGAAGUACUCACGAACGACGGAAUCGUAAUUACGCACGGGCGAUUGGAUUGUAUCUCCGAAGAAUGUCUCGGCAUCCAUAUUGGCGACCCGCAAUCAGCAAACCUUGGGGACGGACACGGCUGGGUUAAUCAGACGAUGGAACUCAGAGAGGAUUAUGGAAACGAGGAGCUCGGGACGUGUCUUGAGACCAUCAUUGGUGGGAAUCAUUUUCGGGUUUAUCGUCAAGAUGGGCCGGAUGCAAUGAGCGGCGCGUUAUUCCUUGCAAGAAAGCAACACACAAUCGUCCCUGAUGGAUACAAUAUUGGUCGUGACCAGCUAGUUCAGCAUGCUGUCGGCAACCACCACUUUGACGGCGUGCAUUAUACUACAACGGCGAAGAAUAUCACGGGCCUGCUUCCUGCUGGCAUAGCAACCGACGGGAUUACGACCUUGCUCACAGUACAGACGACAAGGUAA